UGUGCCUGGGCGGCGCUGCUGCUGGGCUGGUAAUAGGGGUGAUUUUCUGUGCACCCCGUUGUUUGGGCGAUGUGGGAGGAGCGGGGUGUCAGCUGGAAGGGAUGAUGGAGCUGGAAGACACCGGCUUUCCUUCCCUUGUCGCCGGCUACCAGAGCUGCUGCGCCUGCGGGGCACCUGCAUCUCCGCUCCACAGUCUCUGACCCAGACUGGAGGAAGAAGAGGUAGGGGAGCGGAAAACAGGAGCCCAUAGAGAUCCCCAGGACCGGGGGAGGAGACGGGGGGCACAGGUGGGGCAGAGGGGGCACUGGUAGGGAAUGCGGUGCCAUGCAACAUUCCGGGCUGUCACCUAAGGAUCUGGGCUAAUACAAUGUGAUGGAGGCUUCUGUGGUGACACAUUGUAAUGAGGAGGAUGUCAUCAGGGGGUACAGUGUAAUAUUGGGGGGUACAGUGAUAUAAGGAGGGGCAUGUUAUUAGGGGGCCACCCUGUCCUUGGAAGAAAUCCAUAACCACAGCCAGGAGCGGCCCAUCCGGAGGAGAACAGGUGGUGUUACUUACUUAUGUGGACUUUCCUAAUGAUCGGUGACUGCUGUGAGGAAUGUCCUGACGCCUUGGCCUGGUCUAUACAUCUCCAAGUAGUGACUUGAUCGGGAAACCUCUUCUUGGCUGUGAUAAAGAUGCUUCAAGCUGGACACUACACGUAGUCUUCGUACUCACGGUUACCCACCCAGAUUUAUUUCUGAUGUAAACAAGUGGAUCCCCCCCUGUGCCGUGUCUUUACCCCUGUCCCCCUCCACCUGUUUGCCUUGACUGGAUUUGUCCACAUUUAUUGCCCUCCCCGGUGCCUUUUUUUCCUGGUGUACAUUUUGUAACAUAAAGCUGCCAAGAUGAUGUGCGAAGUGAUGCCCACCAUAAAUGAGGACAACCGUCGGGGUUCGACCUACAGUUCCGACGAUGCCAACUUUGAACAGCUUAUGGUAAACAUGUUAAAUGAGAGAGAGAGGUUGCUUGAGACUCUGCGGGAGACUCAGGAGAGCCUGGCCACUGCGCAGCUACGGCUGAGAGAAUUGGGUCACGAGAAGGAAUCUCUUCAAAGGCAGCUGAACAUCGCCCUGCCACAGGAAUUUGCAGCCCUCACUAAGGAGUUGAACUUGUGUCGCGAGCAACUUCUGGAGAGAGAAGAAGAGAUUGCUGAACUGAAGGCAGAGAGAAACAACACUCGGCUGCUGUUGGAGCACUUGGAAUGCUUGGUGUCCCGGCACGAGCGCUCGCUGAGGAUGACUGUGGUGAAGAGGCAGGCGCAGUCCCCCGCCGGUGUCUCUAGUGAGGUCGAAGUGCUGAAAGCUCUAAAGUCUUUAUUUGAGCAUCACAAGGCUCUCGAUGAAAAGGUUCGAGAGCGCCUCCGUGUGGCCCUCGAAAGGGUGGCGGUGCUUGAGGAAGAACUAGAAAUGUCCAGUCAGGAGUCUCUUUCGUUACGAGAACAGCUUGCAAGGAGGAGGUCAGGAAUCGACGAUGGCAGUAAAGAUGGAGACUCUCAGAGUUCUACCAUCUUAAAUGGCUCCACUCACCAUGAACUUAGAGCGGGGCGGGAAACUGAGCUGGAAGAGAUGUUGGAGAAACAAAGGUUAGAGCUGUGUCAACUGAAGGAACGCUUGACCGUGAUGUGCCGCCAGAUGGCCGAACUGGAGGAGGAGUUAAACACUGCACAAAAAGAUCUUAUCAAAUCCGAGGAGGUCAGCGCCAAACUGCAACGGGACCUCAAAGAGGCUCUGGCACAAAGGGAAGAUAUGGAAGAACGGAUUACGACCUUAGAGAAACGCUACCUGAGUGCACAGAGAGAAGCCACUUCACUCCAUGAUGUCAAUGACAAGUUAGAGAAUGAACUUGCCAGUAAAGAUUCUCUCUACAGACAGAGUGAAGAGAAGAACCGGCAGCUGCAGGAGUGGCUGGAAGACGCCAAGCAGAAAUUGCAACAGACCCUUCAGAAGGCGGAGACUUUACCGGAGAUUGAGGCUCAGCUGGCGCAGCGAGUGGCAGCUCUCAGCAAGGCAGAGGAGAGACAUGGGAAUUUCGAAGAAAGGCUCCGUCAACUUGAAGCCCAGCUGGAGGAGAAGAACCAGGAGCUACAAAGGGCCCGUCAAAGGGAGAAAAUGAACGAUGAACACAACAAACGUCUGUCGGAGACUGUCGAUAAACUCCUGUCUGAAUCAAACGAGAGACUGCAGUUGCAUCUUAAGGAGAGGAUGGGAGCCCUGGAGGAGAAGAACACUCUCUCAGAAGAGAUAGCUAAUAUGAAAAAACUUCAGGAGGAGCUCCUUCUCAAUAAGGAGCAGCUAGUGGCGGAGAUCGAGCGCAUGCAGUUAGAGAUAGACCAGCUGCGGGGGCGACCCUCCUCCACGUACUCCAGAUCUCUUCCUGGCAGUGCCCUAGAGCUGCGCUACUCCCAGGCACCGACUCUGCCCAUGGGCAGCCACAUGGAUCACUACAGCAGCACGGCCGUGAUUCGGCGGCCCAAAAAGGGUCGUUGGGCCGCAUUGAAAGAUGAUCCCACCAAGAUACGAACACUGGAUGAGCAGGACUGGGAGCGGGCACAGCAAGCCAAUGUGCUGGCCAACGUGGCACAGGCAUUUGAAGGUGACUUGGACGGCUCAGAUGAAGACGAUAGAGAAACCAUAUUCAGCUCAGCGGACCUGCUGUCUCCUAGCGGCCAGACAGAUGUGCAGACACUGGCUAUCAUGUUACAGGAGCAGCUAGAAGCCAUCAACAAAGAGAUCAAGUUAAUACAGGAGGAGAAGGAAACCACCGAGCUGCGAGCUGAGGAGAUAGAGAGCCGGGUCACCAGUGGUACUCUCGAUGGAUCUCUUGGACGUUAUCGCUCAGCCAGUUCCAUCCCAACAUCAGUCACCACUUCUACACUGGCCAGUCCUUCACCACCCAGUAGUGGGCACUCCACACCACGCAUCACCCCUCACAGCCCUGCCAGGGAGGGAGAGAAAUUUAAUCAUGUCCCUAAAGAAGACAGCAGAGAUGACAAGUCCUUGAUGCAAUGUGAGACAACCCCUCCCUUGACCCCUCGUGCUGUGCGACUGGAAAGAAUGACCCAAGCACUUGCGCUACAAACAAGCUCCAUGGAAGAUGGAAGGGAAUCAAGAGGAAGCCUGGGUGCGGAUGGCCUUGGAGGCACCAAUAGCACCAGCCAGGACUCUCUGCAUAAAGCUGCAAAGAAGAAGAGCAUCAAGUCCUCAAUUGGGCGUUUGUUUGGCAAAAAGGAGAAGGGACGUAUGGGACAGAUGGGACGGGAUUCCUCAUCUCUUGCUGGAACACCCUCUGAGGAGACCUCGCCCGCCGAUCCUAUGGGCUUGUCCAAGCUGGCAGGACCUGUGGACAAAGACCGCAGAAACAAGAAAAAGCAUGAGCUUCUAGAAGAGGCUUGUAGACAAGGACUUCCAUUUGCUGCUUGGGAUGGGCCAACUGUUGUUUCUUGGCUGGAGCUGUGGGUUGGAAUGCCAGCAUGGUACGUGGCUGCAUGCCGUGCCAAUGUGAAGAGCGGAGCCAUCAUGGCCAACCUGUCUGAUACAGAAAUCCAGCGUGAGAUUGGUAUCAGCAACCCCCUGCAUCGUCUGAAGCUACGGUUAGCCAUCCAGGAGAUGGUGUCUCUUACGAGUCCUUCAGCACCAGCCACGUCACGCACGUCAACAGGAAAUGUAUGGAUGACCCAUGAAGAAAUGGAAACUUUAACAGCUACUACUAAACCUGAGACUAAGGAGAUCAGUUGGGAACAGAUCUUAGCAUAUGGAGACAUGAACCAUGAGUGGGUCGGGAAUGACUGGCUGCCUAGUCUUGGUUUGCCCCAAUAUCGUAGCUACUUCAUGGAGUCCUUAGUCGAUGCGAGAAUGUUAGACCACCUGAACAAAAAGGAGCUUCGAGGACAACUCAAGAUGGUAGAUAGUUUCCACAGGGUUAGCCUUCAUUAUGGUAUCAUGUGCCUGAAGAGACUGAACUAUGACCGAAAGGAACUGGAGAGGAGACGAGAGGAAAGCCAAAACCAACUUAAAGAUGUCAUGGUCUGGUCCAAUGAACGGGUAAUGUGCUGGGUGCAGUCCUUGGGGCUGAAGGAGUAUGCCAAUAACCUGCACGAGAGUGGAGUCCACGGAGCCCUCAUUGCACUAGAUGACACAUUCGACUGUAAUGACCUGGCAUUGCUGCUACAGAUCCCAACACAGAACACGCAGGCUCGGCAAGUGCUGGAAAAGGAGUACAGCAAUCUCAUUACCAUGGGGACGGAGCGGCGACUCGAUGAGGAUAGUGCCAAGACAUUCAGCCGGUCUCCUUCUUGGAGAAAGAUGUUCCGUGAGAAGGACCUCCGAGGAGUUAGUCCAGAUUCAGCCGAAAUGUUGCCGGCAAACUUCCGAACUGCCGCCGUCUCCUCCAUUACCUCACCCGCUGUGCAGCUACGGAAGAUGCAGUCUGAAGGAAGUCCCAGCAGCCAGCGAGCAGACAACGUCUCAGUCAGAACCUAUUCCUGUUAAUGCCAUCUUAAUGCGGUAACAUUAUUAGGGCAAUAAGUUCACUGAGGGCACUUUUUUUGACAUUCAAUCACUCCGCCAAAGGGGCUUGGCCAAUCCGAUUAUUUUACCCCUCCGACCAAGGCACUUUCUGCACACUUGGACGCUGCUUGCUGUGUCAUGUAGGGGAAUCCAGAAGUGAACUGAACCUAGAGAAGCCCUGCAGAACAUUUGAAGGCAUUUUGCAACCUCGUGUUCUGUCCGUGGAUCCAGGAAAGAAUCCGUCUUACAGGCCUAAAGGAGGGAGCAUGCACUGGAAACUCAUCUUCAUUAUUUCAAUUCUUUUCCAGUCCGUUGAGUGCUGGUGGACCGUGGCAGACCCUUUCAGCCUUGAGGAGGUUUUGGUCAAGAAGAAACACUCUGUAAAAACUUGGUUGGGACCAAAGGGGAAUUGGUGAAUAGUUGAUAUGUGACUUAGACUUUGUGUUUUGUUUUCUGUUGGGUUCAUCUUGAGCUAUGCAGAUUGCAGUCCAUUCCCACUUGAAAAUGCUCAAAUUUUACUGAAGACUCAGAACAAAGCCAUGUUUUACCCGGUGUGCUGGAUAUCAAAGAGUCCUUGAUGAAUUGGAGACUCAGUAAUCCCCUGUUUGGACAAUGUCCCUGGAUGGAUGCCGAUGCAGGAGGACCUAUAACUGAAACCAUCAGGCUCUUUCCAUUCAUUAAGCCCCACCUACUUCUUGUGGCCACGACAUUGCCAGUAGAGCAUGGCAACAUUUUUGACCGUACUGUUUUUUUUAAUUUAUUAUUAUUAUUAUUUAUUCGUUAUUUUACUUUUCACUGCCAGUCAACAUAGCACUGCACAAGGUAGACCAAUGCGUACACAGCCGUCACGUGUUCUGAAGAGCUCGGCAGGUUGCCUUUUGGUACUCAGAACAAACUCCACAUUUAAGCUGGGAUCCCGUGAAACAUCUAGAAGUUGGUAAUCUUACUAGUAUUGCAACUUUUUGUUUUUUUUGUAGGGUCUACAGAUUCUUGUUUACAGGUGAAAAAAAAAAAGAGCCAGUUACAUUGAGUGUUUUUCGUCUUGUAUGCUAUCUUGUGGGUCUGUAAGUGCUCGAUAUAUCCUCGACAUUACAGGUUUUUGUGUAACUGAUGCCCUCAUGAUUAUCUGUGCCAUUUCCAAACGGGUCAGUAAAACGGCUGUAUCACCGAAGAGCACACUACAAAAACUCUGGCUCUCCAGCUCUUGUCGCCAGGGGUCUUACAACAGCUGGAGACCCACAGGCUGCUGCUAACCCUUUCCCUUAUCGUGUAAAACAUAUCAAGUAAAAUAUCUCAGACUGCUCUGUUGGGUCACUCUCGGAGUGGACAAAUGCCUUAAGUCAUUAACCAGUUCUGAGUAGGACAUUUACAAAAGUUACAUUACAGUGUAUUUAUCUCAUACCAAGUAUGUCACAUUCUUCUCCUGUCUCUGGUAUUUCAUGUAACAAAUCAGAAUCUCAUGGGAGAACAGAACCGUACCGGUUUCCGAUGUUAGAUAGGUCAUGGUUACUGCCUGAACAUGUUUUUUUUUUGUGUGUGUUAUGACUGUGCCAAAUAGAGAGGAAAAUAUGGUGGCAAAUGAGGUCGGACCUCAUCACUUCUCUAUGGUGGACAUAUUAACAAUAUAUUAUUCAUUAUGACCCAGAACCAUGGGAGAAGAGAUUAAACAUUUUUUAAAAAAAACAAGCUCCAGGCAGAGUUGAGAUGCCGUAGAGAGUCUUCACGGUAGAGAAGCCACUGAUCAGAAACAUGGCUGUCUGUUGGGUAAAAGGUAUCAUAUCAACGCCUGGAGGAUGUUAUACAAAAGCUUUUAGGAUCUUUAGAGAGGAAUAUAUAGUACUGGGAAGUGCCUUGCUGACCCAUUAAAUGUUUCAGAAAGGCAGCUGCUUGUCAAGGAGAUGUUGGGGCCUUUCCUGUGGUCUUUUCUUUUUCUUUUUUUCUUCCCCAAAAAGUUGCUCCCUGGUAGUAAAAAAAAAGUUACAAUUCCAAAUUGACCAUUAAAUCGUAACUAUUUAUCCAUGCUGGUUGUCUGCAUUGAAGUUAUUCAUUACCAUACAUGAUGGAAAGCUAUUUAUGAUCCAUAUUAUAGACAUGUCGAAAGAUGGAGUGAAUGGAGGUCCGUGGUCGCAGACUCCCCGGCGAUUCUAAAAUAAGAGGGAGAAGGAAAGGGGAAGGCGCUACAUAGAAUAGUAUUGUUUGUACCCACGGGGUGAGUUUAAUAUAUAAAUGUAUUGCUCACCUUGGGUGGUUGUGUAGGUACAUACACAACAAUGCAAAGAGGCAUGUACGGUAGAUCGUCUGCUGCCCUCCGGGGUGAGUAUAGCAAUAGGAUCUUUUGGCUUCAGAGGAACCCGGUUCUCGGCGCUGAAUGACCAGACAGAUAGGUAGA